UUUUUUUGUCAUGUUAUCAUCUAAUCAAGGUCCACCAGUUCAAGACCCGCUACAUAAGAUUCGUCGGUUUUAGCACCGACACUUGUAACUACCACUGAGUACAACGUCCUCCUGUUCGAUUCCCGCUUUCACCGGCGAAAAGAGUUGGAGAUCUAGUGGUGGUGGUUUGGAGGACGAGAAGAGGGACGAGAAACGACACCAUUAGUGGAACGAAAUUGCCUAUGCACACACAAUUUGCAGGGCCGUUGUCCCACGACCUUGUGAUCGAUGGCUGCGGUCGAGAGUGAACCGAGGUGAUCGAUUGCUGCUAUUAUAUCUUGUCGUACAGAAAUCGGACACAUCCCAAUUGUUUGUAUAUCAGUUCUCUUUGUGGAAAGAAAAGCAAGCUCUUAUCAUUUAAUUAAUUAUCACUGAAAUCUCUUAUACGUGUGGAACGCAGAGCAGUCCAGCAUGACCGCCCGGCCAUCCCCCGCCACUAAAAUCCAAGCCCUCCACCAGGCGCCAGCACCACCGGCCGUUGCAUGACAGACCAAGAAAACCAUCAUUGUUCGCACCAACCCACCCAACAGAGAGAGCAAAGCAAGACACCGCACGGCACGACACUCUGCCAGUGCCCUGCUUCUGCUGGGAGUGGCGUCCAUCGGCCGGCAUGUCGACGCCGGGAGGCGUGUCGGGGACGAGGGCGUCGCAGCACGGGGGCGACGGCGGCGGGUGCUGCAGCUCCAGCGGGACGCUGGAGCUCGUGGCGGCGUUCACGGCGGUGUGCCUCGCACUCUACGGGGUGAUACUGUACCUCAACUACCUGUACGUGCGGUGGAGCGGGCGGGACGGCGUGCAUCGGACGGCAUCCGGCACGGCAGCCGGUCCGGCAAGGAAGAGGACCGGCGGAGGGGGCCUCGACAAGGCGGCGCUGGCAGCCAUGCCGGUGUUCAGGUUCAAGGCGGAGGCGUGUGGCGACGGCAGCGAGGUAAGGGAGGAGUGCGCGGUGUGCCUGAGCGCCAUGCAGGACGGCGACGCGGUGCGCGCCCUGCCCGGGUGCAGGCACGCGUUCCACGUCGGCUGCGUCGACGUCUGGCUGCGCGCGCACGCCACCUGCCCCGUCUGCCGCGCGCGCCCUGCUCUCCCGGUUCCGGCGGCGAAGGACGGCUCCAAGAGGGCGGAGGCCGCCGGACGGGAGCCGGGCCUGGAGAGCCCGGUAUAGCAUGCGUGCGACACGCCGCCAGCCCGGAGCUGCCGGUAUGGCUCGAGGUAGUUAGCUGCUGCAUAGGGGUUGCUUCAUAGUCUUCCCUUCUUGGAAGCGUGGAUGGAUGGCUACCGCUGCUUCAUGGUUAUCCAUUUAGUACACGAUUUUUGCGUUAGCUUGCUUCAGUCGGGACAGAUAAUUUCGUGCCGGGACUUUGAAAUUAUACUCCUACUUGACUUUUGCAUUGCUGAUGGGUGAAGAGGUUCUCGAAAUCACAUUGUAAUUAAAUUUGUAUUGGAUGUAUCCGUAUGAUAUAGCCCCCUUUUUCCCCGAA